CUCCUCUUUGCUCCCCGACCGACCGCACCGUCUCCUCUGUGGCGUCUACAAACAGUUUAAGCAGGCUCUCUCAGUUGACAGACCCCAGCCAGCUAAGAGCUGCAUUUUUAACUGUGUCUCCGUCAGCCAUUCUAGCGCAAAGGGACACCGCCGCUCAUUUACAGGAACAGCCGGUAGAGACGGAGAAGAAGAAGAAGCAGCUUUGUAGCUAGUAUAUAUUUUGUCCAAUAACAGGAAGAAAAAGCAUGUCUGCUCAGCCCGGUGAGGAGCUAGGCUCAGAUGGGAGGUGGUUUGGAGAUGACUAUGAGAGGAAUGGCCUCUUUGGGAACACACCGACCCGGUUCGACGACCUACGUGACGAAUUCAAGCCGAGAGGCGGCGAGGUGGCGGGCGACCUGGAUCAACAAUUUCAUCCUUUCCACCAGGACGACGGGAAAAGGCCUCCCGUUGCUAUGGAAACUGCCUCUACAGAUGACCCCAUGACUGGCCUGUUCAGGAAGCCUAUGAAUGAUGACGGUGAUGUCUACACUUCCCUGACGUCAAAUCAGAGUCGAGAAGCCUCCUACCUGUCUGAUGACCUAAAGCCCACCAAGCCCUCCCCCGGCUCCUCUGACCUGGACCCCUUCUCCAGCGACAACUACAGCUUCAGCUCCAACACCAAGAUGACCUCCAGCCUGGCUGAUGACAUGCCAAAGUCUAUGUUCGGCUCUGAUAAGACGGAGUCCUACAACUACAUGGACAUCACCCACGGAGAUGAACGCCGCGACCAGCAAAGCCUGGUGGACACGGGCUCAUCUGGUCGCGACUCAUUGGUCAGCUACAUGGAUAAAAACCUUGGAAGAGAUGACGAGGAAGAAGAGGAGAACCUAGGGUCAGCACUGGGCUCCCAGUCUUUCCCCUACGUCGAGGAGCCAUCUGAUGAGGAGCUGUCAGACUACCGCUCCUACCGAAACCUUGGUGGCACCCCGCAGACGGCCAGCCCGGUGAAGAUCACGCUGACCGAGUCCCAGCCCCCAACCGCCACAGCAGAGCCGCAGCAGAAAGCCCCCCCCCCGGUCAGCGCGUCUGAGCGUGAAAACGUCCUCAGUGUGGGCUUACAGGGGGUUCCCACUGUGACGCUCUCUGAGCCCGAGGAUGACAGCCCUGCUUCCACUCCCAACGCCUCACCAACACAGAAAGAUUUUCCUUCCCAUGACAUGACUGCUUCCAAAAACAGCCCCAGCACUAAAGCUGGCAGCAGAGAGCACGAUGGCAGCAGCGCAGAGUCUGGAGACUCAGAGAUAGAGCUGGUGUCUGAGGAGCCUCCAAAGGCCGCAAGCAACCCAUUUUCCCAGCCGCCUAAAAGCAAGAGCCCUGUCAGCCAGCCUAACAACCCCUUCGACAAUCCCCCGGUCGCUAAGGGUGCUUUCGGCCAAGCAGGCAACCACGCUCCACCCACUAGCUACAGCAUUCUGAGGGAGGAGAGAGAGGCAGAGCUCGACAGUGAUCUGUUCAUUGAGUCUGCGUCUGAAGAGAGCCCGAAGAGAGAGCAGGGCUUCAGUGGCCCCAAACAGGGAGCCAGCCCCCCCUCCCCCCUGGUGCCUCGUGCCGCCCCUCCCCGCAGUCCGGCUGAGGCUGUAGCUGCCGAGCCCCUGAUCCCUGAAAAAGUGAAGACCCCAGUGAAAACAGAGGAGGAUCGCCCCAGCAAGCCCAAGCCACCCACUGCUGCCGUGCCCCCAGAGGUGAGAACAGAGAAGCCCCCCCAGGACAACAUGCAUAGCGACCAGGGCAAAGGAGACCUGGGGAAGCCCGCCGCCUCACCUCCCCUGCAGGGCUUCAAUAAACAAAAAGCGAUUGACCUCCUCUACUGGAGGAAUGUGAAGCAGUCGGGGGCCGUGUUCAGCAGCGUGCUCCUGCUCCUCUUCUCCCUGACCCAGUUCAGCAUGGUCAGCGUCGGGGCGUACUUGGCCCUGGCAGCGCUCUCUGCCUCCAUCAGCUUCAGGAUCUACAAGUCUGUGCUGCAGGCUGUGCAGAAGACCGAUGAGGGACAUCCUUUCAAAUCCUACCUGGAGAUGGAAAUUGCUCUCUCCCAGGACCAGAUUAGUAAAUAUGCUGACAAAAUCCUGCUGUACUCCAACACCUGUAUGAAGGAGCUCCGCAGGCUGUUCCUCGUGCAAGACCUGAUCGACUCCUUGAAGUUUGCUGUUCUGAUGUGGCUGCUGACCUACGUGGGCGCUCUCUUCAACGGCCUGACACUGCUCAUCCUAGUUGUGGUCUCCAUGUUCACCAUGCCUGUGGUCUAUGAGAAGCAUCAGGCACAGAUCGAUCAGUAUGUGGGAUUAAUACGGACCCAGGUCAACUCUGUGGUGGGAAAGAUCCAAGCGAAGAUCCCCGGGGCCAAGAGGAAGGAGGAGUAGAAGUGUCUGUCUCACCAUGAAGCUGACAGUCAGCUCGGAGUCAGGCAGCUCGGUCACUGUUGAAGAGCCUGGUCGUCAUCUGUGGGGCAUAGUGCUACGUCAUCUUGGUGUUCUCUAAAAGCAUCCACUGGAGAAACCGUCACCCUGUCUAUAGCGGUCUUAACACUAACAGUCACACGUACAUAUCCUGUUUCUAGGUAGACAAGUACACAACUCGAAAACAAAAAAAGAAACUGACUUUUUUUGUGUUGCUUAUUAUUAAAGUGCAUGAAGUCGAGCCUUGGGUAAAUAAUAUUUGAUAUCUUUUGUGCAGUUUUUAAAAUCACGCUACAUUUUUGCUUUGCAGUGCCUCCGGCAAAUUGUAUGGUCUGGCACAAAAGAAGCUAAAUGCCCACAGACGUGCUCUGAUGCCAAUGUUAAAAACUGCUUCAUGUUUCUGAGUUAGCAGACAGGGCUUCUCAGUAUAUGUCCAUAUAUAUAAAUAGCAAAAAUGAUUUCCUUUGGUGUUUUCCAAGCACAACAUAAUUUAACAAUAUGCGUCUUAGAUGUGGUAAUCGUAGGUUUUUUGCUUUUGUAUAACCAUAGGAACAACACACACUCAUGUUUAAGGUACUGUUGUACAACUACUAUGAAGACAAGGAGUAUCUGGUGAUAUUUAGCUUGUUUGAAUAACUGUCCAACUUUGUACUAUGUUCGACUAUACUCUGUAGUUCUUUAGACCCUGGACUCUUUAACUAUUUGCACUUACACUAUGUAUUUAAUUACAAGAAUAAGAAAAAUAAAUGUACCUUGAUGUAAAACA